UUAGAAGCAGUUUUAGAUGUAUUGUUUUGAGAGAAAGCACUUUACGGUCGUGUGGCGGGUUUGAUGACGCAGAUGUUGUCAUGCUCAUGGUUAGCAGCAGCCAGUACGACUACUCGGCUCUGCUGACAGUCGAGUCUCGUUCGUUCGCCAACAAGGACCUUUCGUGGUCUUCGUUUUCCUGUUGAAAUAACUUACGAAACUUACGCGAUUGUAUUCCUUUCUCAUGUAACUAAAUUACUUAGGUAAUAAGUAUAAAUAAAUCAAUUUUAAAUGUCUACAAAAAUUAUUUGAUUCGCAUCGGACAGUGCCGUUUAAGUUUAAGAUGGACCGGUAUGAAAGUUUUAAUAUCCGCAAAGCUUUUGUUUUUGUGGCUAUUCUUGGAGCAUAUGGACAGUUGGCAACUGGUGCCAGUUACCCUGAAGACGUAUCGACAGUCACAGGCGAAGUGGAGCCGCGUGAAAAUGAUCCAGUGCUAGAAUUCAAAUACCAUGAUCAUGAUGAGAUGACGAGGUACCUUCGCGCGGUCUCCGCUCGGUACCCGGCUCUUACCGCCCUAUAUUCCAUUGGCAAAUCCGUACAAGGUCGCGACUUAUGGGUGAUGGUGGUGUCAGCAUCGCCAUACGAGCAUAUGAUCGGCAAGCCAGACGUCAAGUACGUGGCCAACAUACAUGGCAACGAGGCGGUCGGUCGCGAGCUGUUGUUGCAUCUGAUACGGUACUUGGUGACUUCAUACGACACGGAUUCUUAUAUAAAAUGGUUGUUAGACAACACGAGGAUCCACUUGAUGCCAUCCAUGAACCCGGAUGGAUUCCUCAUCUCCCGCGAAGGACAGUGUGACACAAUUCAUGGCCGACACAACGCCCGGCGAUACGACCUGAACCGCAACUUCCCGGACUUCUUCAAGGCGAACACGAAGCAGCCGCAGCCGGAGACGGACGCCGUCAAGGAGUGGAUCAGCAAGAUACAGUUCGUGCUGUCGGGGUCGCUGCACGGCGGCGCCCUCGUUGCGUCUUACCCGUUCGACAACACACCUAGUGCUAGAAUAUGCCAGUCAUCUGUAUUGUGUUCGGUAUUCCAAAGCUACGCGCACACGCCGUCCAUCGCGCCGGACGACGACGUGUUCCGGCACCUCGCGCUCGUGUACUCCAACAACCACGCCAAGAUGUCCCGCGGCGUGUCCUGCAAGUCCGGCUCGCAGCGCUUCGACAACGGCAUCACUAACGGAGCCGCGUGGUACCCGCUCACAGGCGGAAUGCAAGACUACAACUAUCUAUGGCAUGGAUGUAUGGAAAUCACUUUGGAGAUAUCUUGUUGCAAAUAUCCACCGGCGCAUGAACUUCCCAAAUACUGGCAAGACAACAAACAGUCGCUGAUAAAGUAUUUAGCAGAAGCGCAUCGAGGGGCCCAUGGAUUUGUUAUGGACGAGAACGGCAACCCAGUAGAGCGGGCAUCCGUGCGCGUCAAGGGCCGGGACGUUACUUACCAUACUACAAAAUAUGGCGAAUUUUGGCGCAUUUUGCUUCCUGGGACAUACAGACUUGAGGUUUCGGGAGAAGGGUAUUUGCCUCAAGAAGUUGAGUUCUUCGUCAUAGACAGCCACCCUACUUUACUAAAUGUUACUCUGCAUUCAGCUAAGGCAUCACGCAAACACCUCUGCAUACGGAUGGGGUCGCGAGCUAUCAACUUAAAUCGAAUCGACGCCGGCGGCCCGUACUACCGGCCGCUGCCGCCGCCGCCGCGCCCGCCGCCCGCGCCCGCCGGCAUCUUCUCCACCAUUACCAACUCUAUCAACAGCUUUGUCUCUAACAUAUUCGGGUAGACUUGCCACAGUCUAAUAUCGCAUCCACACAGACGUCUAAAACAUGUAUUCUACAUGUAGAACGCAUUGUUGCCAUUAUUUUUGUUUUCAUCAAUAAACAAGUUGUAACAGUAGUUAUGAAAUAGGCACUUGUAAAAAAAUUUACUUGGCUCUACUAACAGGUUUAACACGAGAUGAACUAAGUAUGUUUAUCAUUUGACAAGUUUUUUGUCAAAUCAUCAUCAUAUCACAACUUGUUUAUUGGUGGAAACCUGGCGUAUGGCCAAAGACAAAUCUGCUAGAAAAUCGCGAGCAGAAUACCACGCGUGAAAUAUAUCUGCAGCAUUUUUAACACUUCCAUAAGACGAAAUUAUGCGCCUUGUCUUCCGCUUAGUCUAAUAACACAGACGUCUGUACAAAAAAAUUGGGCAAAGUGGCAAGACGUGGAAGUGACCGCCCCAACUGCAUAUGCCACUUUUUAGUCGUUAGAGAAUAUGGUGACGCUCUUCCUCAAUCAUCCAAGGCCCUAGGCCACUAUGGUUCUUUUUAAAGUAGAGAAUCCUUGGUGCGUAUGAUGAACAUGCAUAGCUAUAACGUACACUAAACAGCGUUUAUACUAAGGCUACGCAAUACGUUAUUUACGCAGUGGGUUUAAAAUAACCUGCUAUAUGUAAGAACAUACAUUAUGUCUGUUACCGAUAUUAUUUCAAAGACAAUGUAAUAGCUACUGAAAUAGGGUUUUACGUUUUAUCGAUAUUUUUAUGUAUUUUUGGUACGUAAACAUGGACUGGUCCAGCGCGUCACGAAGAGGCUUUGUUUGCACUCAUCAAGGAAUAAUAUAAAGUACGCGUAUUUCUGACUUUAAUCGUGCAUAGUGAAAUUAGCGCUCAUUGGACCAGUACAUGAGCAUCUGUACUUGUAGUAGGUACCAGUAUAAUGCCGAUGAUGAAUGGGAUAUCCGAAAACGAAUUCACGUUUAAAUAGCCCUUACAGUAUCCGUUUCUUUUUAUUUAAGUAAUAAAAUGACGAAAAAUCUAAAUCAAAUUACGUAGUUGCCCGUCCGUUAAGAUUUUACCAUAAUAAAGCUUUUGUGAAAACUACAAAAUACCACCUACCGAUUAGAUGUAAGUCCUAACUUCCCUGCAUUUACUUACAUUGUUUGACUGAAGGUAAAACGAUUGGUGUUUUUUAAUGAUAUAUUAUUUUAAGUAGCCCUAUAAACUUUGGCGUGUUAUUUAUUAAAUGAAAAGUAUUAUGUAGAUGAUGAAAACUUGUAAAUAUCUCUAUUUUAGAUAAGUAUAAUAAUAAUAGCUUACCUAAUUUAUUUUUAAUUAAAAGAAAUAUAAAUUGAU